UGUUGACAUGGCGGCGGGGAGAGCUCACACGCUAAACGUGCUACUCUGGUCCGCGCUCGGAAUUAUAAUCGCGAUAAGACUUCCGCUACUGCCGAUACGAAAUGAGACCAAGCGGCAGUUGGGCUACCCGCCGGACUCCCUGCUGAACGUGACGGAACUAGCGACCCGCCACGGGUAUCAGUGCGAGGAGCAUAACGUGGUCACGGAGGACGGAUUCGUGCUGACUGUUUUCCGCGUGUCGAGCGGCCAACGGUGCUCGCGUACACAGGUCCCAGUGCUGCUCGUGCACGGUCUGCUGCAGAGCGCUGACUCGUGGCUGGACGCGGGGCCCGGCUCCGGCCUCGCCUACCUGUUGGCAGACGCUUGCCAUGACGUGUGGCUCUCCAACACUCGCGGCAACUACUACUCGCGGCGCCACCUCACUCUCGAUCCCGACUCAGACGCCGCCUACUGGAACUUCUCAGCCGACGAAAUCGGGUACUUUGACUUGCCAGCCAUCCUUGAUUACGUCCUCGACCGGUCUCGAGCCGACGUCCUCAACUACGUGGGCUUCUCACAGGGCGCGGGAACCUUCUUCAUCAUGUGUUCCGAAAGACCGAACUAUUGUGAAAAGAUCAAACUCAUGAUAGCUUUGGCUCCGGCCACGAGACAGACGAAUACGAAAUCAACGAUGUAUCGAAGGCUGACUCAAGCAGUGCAGGGUUGGGAGACGCUGUUGACGACGGCAGGUCUACAUGAAAUUUUUUCCAAGGGUGCUUUAAGCCAAGAGUUUGUGGCCUUCUUUUGUCACUUCACUAAGUUCACGGAGGGACUUUGCGAUGCCGGCCUAAACAAGUUUAACUCUGUCGUUGCUCACCCUGGAUCGAUGUCAAACGAAACGACAAGAGUGCUCUUCGGACAUUUCCCGGCUGGAACAUCGCUGCACAACAUGGCAAAGUACGGACAGGCAAUGACAAAUGACAAAUUCGUGAAGUUCAACUACGGACAUGAGAAGAAUUUAGAACUGUACGGAACCUCGGAGCCGCCAGAGUAUAACAUAUCGGCUGUAUCACCCCCAGUCGUGGUAAUUUACGGGGAGAAUGACGGAUUAGUGGACACCAAGGAUGUUGAAUGGGCGAUGGAAAGACUCCCGAACGUUCUAGAAGCAGUCCUAAUCAAGGACCCGGCUUGGAACCACAUGAGUGUUACCUACAGUAGUCGUGUGGGGGAGAUGAUUUUCCCUAAGAUCAAUGAGUAUCUACAAAUAUACAGCAGUACGUGACCACUUGUUAAAUAUAACUAAUUAUUUUGGAGGUUCAAUCAUUGUGUGUUGGUUUAUUUGUUAAUCUUUAAUUUAUUUGGGUAGCCGGCUUCGUAAUUGUUCUUUAUAAGCCAGAAUCACAAUAAUUACUACGUACUCAUAAUUAGGAUCCGUCUACUGUUUGAGCUUUGUCGAGCAGUUACAGUCAUGUUAUUUGCUUUUGUUUAAGAGAGUAGAGUGUCCCACUAAAUCUGACGCGGUCGUGACCUAAAGUAUGAUAUGAUCAUGAUCAUCAGACCGAAAUGGAAACCUGGAUGUUAUAAAGAAGUGACGUACGGCAAAAUAAAAACAAAUGCACACAAUGCAUCGAUCCGAGAUAUUAAUGUCGAUGGGUACACAGCGAGACGAUGGCGACGCGGGCUGAUGUCAUUCUACGUAGUUUUGUUGCAAAUCUUUUUGUAUUUGACAUGAAGAUUCGCUUUUAUAUUAUAACUGAUACCUAAGUCCUUGUUUCAAGGUCAACAAAGGCAUCCUCAACACGAGCUGUCUUGCAGCUUCUCUCAGCAGGGUGGUGGGGCAAUAUCGGAAAUCACACUUUAAUAAAACGCAGCUCUUUCAUGCAUCAUUCUCGACGACAAAUCAAAUCGGAAUUAUCAUCAUGAAGUCCUUCAAUGAAAUUCUUAAUUGCCCUCUUCUUCUUCUUAAUUUGUGUCAUUUCUAGGCCAGGCAAUAAAUAGUUUUUUUUAUUUAUUUAUAUCUUCAAUUUGAUUAAAAUACAUUGUCAAUUUUCAAGAAUGGCCUGCAUUCCGGUUUUAGGGUUCAUUGACAUUGGAUAAUGGCAGCCUAAAAUGUAAUUUUCAAAUGAUAUUAAUUCGAGAUUUGAACCAGUAUAAUAUUAGUUGAUUUUAAAAUAAGCUCUUAUGUUUUUCCUACAUAAGCUGAUGGCCUUGAGAGGCUAU